CCUCUGAGCACUUUAGCUGUUCUCCAUUGGCUACUCGGACCUCAAAUGGUUCGACCUUCGUCGUUGGCAACUUCAACUUUCGAGAUAGAUCGGCGUUGAUGAAGUUGUGCGACGAUCCGUUGUCUACGAGCACGACUACACGGCGGUCCUUGACCAACGCCGGCAGCCGCAUUGUCGUCGGUCCUCUUGUACCAGCUAUCGCAUGCAUCGAGAUUUCGGCCUCCUCUUCGGGAACCCCAAUCUCGACUUCUUGCUCCCAAUCCUUCUCGAUCUCGGGCUCUUCCUCAUUCGGGUCUAUAACGUGGAUGACAAAAGCCUGGUUGCAUCGAUGGCCAGGCGUAAACUUCUCGUCGCACUUGAAACAGAGUCCCUUCUCACGUCGGUGUUUUAUUUCCUCGGGCGUCAAGUGCUUGACUGGUGGUCGUGUGCUAUUAGUCGGUCGAGAGUUGUCAGGUGGUCGGCCGCUCGGAACCAUAUCGCUUGCAUCCGGUUGUGCGCGUCGUGUCUCGGGUGAUACGGAAGUGGUCAUCAACCCCAGCGAGUCCGACAAGGAGGAGGACGAUGGUCUUGUUUUAUGGCUAGAGAACAUGUUGGAGGAGCCAUCAAGUCCAAUAUCUCGGCCAUCAUGCGUACGAGAUUGGCCAAAGGGAUGUGGUCCACAGGCCGAGUUGAAGGUUAAGAAGUGUCGGGCCAAAAGACGACGCAAAACAAGGGCGCAAAAGGCAAGCCGGUGUUGUGGGCCGUGCACGAGGAAGAAACGAGCGUGGCACACAGAGUUCGAACGACGGGGAAGGCUGGGUAUGGAGGACGGUUGGAUAUGGCGUGCCGGUGACUGUAUUGGGUUGGAUGGCUGGGACCCAUGGUCGUCAGGGGACAAAGGGAUCGAUGAGGACCGGCUAUCGGGCGUAUGGCGCGCAUCGUGCGGUGAUGCGCGCAAGAGGUCGAAGGGCCGGGGCGCUGAGCGGAGGGGCAGCGAUGAGAUGUUGGACACAAGUAACGCGCGACCAUGUGCAGGAAGAAGGCAGGCUGCGGGGGUCGGCGAGACGCGAGGAACCACGGGUGUACGCGGGUGCGCGAUAGGCGAUCGGGGCACGGGCGUCGAUGGUACGCGCGAGCACGCAGGCCUAUGCGCGGAAGGAAUAGGAGGGGUUGGGCGCAUGCACGCGCAAGGGCGGUCGCGGAAGAGUAGCGCGCAAGGAAACGCGCGCGUAACGGGCGUGCGCGAGAAGCCUAGUCCGCGCGGGACUAGGCAAGGCAAUGGCGGCGCGAGGGAUGACGCAGCCACUCAGCCGGGUAUACCAUGGAGGCUUGAAGCUGGGGCCGAGUCAGUAAGAUUUCAGGUAAUAACAACCUUUCAAGUCAGUCAUGUCAGAUAUUUUAUCAGUCAUGUUAUUUUAAGUUAUGACUUUCAGAAGUCAAAUUACUUUGUACUUGCGGGACCAGUUGAUACUGGAGCAGCCCUAUAUAGUACAGA